AAGCACCAACGGUCCGUCAAUUCAGUCGCAAGAAAACCACCCGAACGCUAUGUUGUAUCGCGUUGUCGUUUGCGCUGAUUUAGUUUUUCUUUAAAAUUACAUUUUUUCAUUAAAACAAAAACACGUUCAGCAACUCCAAUUCAUUAUUUUCGCUGUUUAAUUUGCCAAAUCGAUUGCCUGUCUGGCUGUUUGCAUUGCGAGUGAAUAGACCAUUAUUUGCGUUGGUUAAUUUCAGUGUGCAUAAAGUGAAAAAAAAAAAUUAAAAAAAAAAAUUAAAAAAAAAAAACAAAAACAAAAAUUAAGUAAAACGGCAAGCGCAUUAAUUGCCAUAGUUUAUAGUUAUUGUUUGAAAAUUUUGUUGUUAACAUAGUUUUUGUUGGGUUUUUCAUUUUACAUUUUUCAAUUCGCUGUGUAUUGUACUUGUUGCUGUUGUUGGCAAUUGGUGUGCAUUGCAGAGUUGCGUGCGACACACUAAGCAAAAUCGUUGCAACAAACUUCAAAAACAAACAAAAAAAAAAAACAAAAAACGAACAAAAAUAAGAAAAAAUAUUUAUAAAAUAUAUUUACAACGAAGUACAUCAACAACAACAAAAGCGCAAAAAAUAUAAAAAGUAAAUUAAUCGAAUUAAGUGGAAAUUAUAGAAAUCAUGCCGUCCAAAAACGAUAAAGAUAUUGAAAUCGGCAGCAAAGUGGAAAAUGCUGUUGUUGCUGUUGCCAGUGACGACAAUGUGGAAAGCAGCAGCGCAGCAACACCCGCUACCACCGCUGCACCAACCGCCAUCGUUGUGGUGGCAGCUGCUCCACCGGCUAAGGCCGCUUCAGACGAAACUGACGCCACGUCUAACGGCAAUACGAAUGCGAAAUCUACAACGCCGACAACGAAGGAGGCAACAACAGCAGCUACUCAAGAGCAGUCGUCGAAACAAGAAUCCGCUGGCUUGCAGGCCAACAUACAGCCGAUGCAACAAUCUAUUGCAGGUAAAAUGGAUGAGGACGCCACUUUGACUAACUUCAAAGUCUUGUAUGUGGUAACGCAACUAUGCGGUUUGACGAUGAUCAUUUUGGUUAGCUGUUGGGUUGGCAUACAUUUGGGCGGCGUUGGCGGCACCGCCAAUCCCAAACUCGAAUUCAAUUGGCAUCCGCUAUUUAUGACAAUCGGCCUGAUAUUCUUAUAUGGCAAUUCUAUUUUGGUCUACCGUGGUUUCCGCAACGUACGCAAGAAGACGCUAAAGUUCGCACAUGCCGGCAUUCACUUGACCGCCUUUGUACUUACUGUAAUUGCCCUGAUUACCGUCUUCGACUCGCACAACUUGCCCGUUCCACCUAUACCGAACAUGUAUUCCUUGCACUCGUGGAUCGGUAUGGGCGCUGUGAUCGUAUUCGGCUUACAGUAUGUAGCAGGAUUUACGGCAUACUUGGCACCCGGCUGGCGACAGGCCCUCAAGGUGGCCUACAUGCCACUGCACAUUUACUUUGGUCUCUUCGGUUUCGUUUUGGCUAUAGCGAGUGCGCUUAUGGGUAUUACCGAAAAGGCUUUAUUCUCUAUAUCCGAUUAUUCAUCUUUCUCGAGCUCUGGCGUUAUGGCCAACAGUUUAGGCUGUUUGUAUGUGAUUUUUGGCGCAUUAGUUGUCUAUUUGGUCACCGAGGGCUCUUAUAAACGGAAACCUCUACCGGAGGAUGCUGUGCUAUUGACCGGCGUUAAUGAAUAAAUCUGAAAUUGGGGAGCGAAAUGAGGGGGAAAUAUUGAAAAAAAAA